AUGAGUGCCAUUACUUACGACGACCCUGAAAACCCACCUCUGCACUAUUCACUCUCCACCGCGCACGUCCGAGCGAGGGAUGCGGCGGAACAUUCCGCGGGAAUCGCGGGGGCGCGCGGAGAAGAGACGCUAGCGGCGAGACCAGUAGAAGGGCCAGCGGCGGCGGGGCAAGGAGCGGAAUUUCCAGAGGCAGGGAAAUUGGGGGGGAACGGAGGGGCGAAAGCGGACCGCGCUGAACUGCCAGCGGCGGAAAUUGGCGCAGCGCUCGCGGUAAGGGGAGCGGGCGGCGGAAGGGGAACGCGCAGCAGAAAGGGAACGGGUGGCGGAAGGAAGCGGCGGAGGCGGAUUGCAGUGGCGCGGACAGCCCUGGGAUGCGCGUGUGCGCUUCUGGCGCUGCUGGGGGUUGCGCUGCUGGCGCGGAGGGGAGAAGAUGGCGGAAUCUCGGGUGCUUGGCGCGCAGCCGACCCUCUGCUGGUCCGCCCCCCUCUGGAGCCCUCCCCUCUGCUGCGAGGCCUGGGGAGCUUUGCGCCUGAAACCGAUGGUGCAUGGUAUGGCGUAUGGCAUGGGUGGAUGGUAUGGCAUGGCAAGGGUGCAUGGUAUGGCGUAUGGCAUGGGUGGAUGGUAUGGCAUGGCAAGGGUGCAUGGUAUGGCGUAUGGCAUGGGUGCAUGGAUAUGCAUGGCAUGGCACACGAUGCAUGUGGGCUUCAAUCAGGUCCCGAACCCCAUCAAUGGUGA